AUGAUUAAGAUUAUCUGUUCCCUGUUGGUGCUAGCACUCCUCGGCAAUAGCUAUGCCCAAUACCAAUAUCAAAGUUCGGGUGCCGAUGGUGCUGGUCCUGCUGCAGGCGCUUCAGCUGGAGGAGUCAACAAUCGUAUUAUUGGCUUGAACGGCCUGUUGGGUGGAGGCGGAGGUGGUGGCGGUGGUUUUGGCGGCCUGUUUAGCAAUCUCUUCGGUGGCCUGCUCGGUGGUGGACGUCAACCUUUGGGACAGGCAUAUCCUGCAAUUCCGCCAGUGCCAGCAUACGGUGGAGGCUACCCAAGUUAUCCAGGCUAUGGAUACGGUGCUGGCUAUGGAGGCGGCUAUCCAGGCGCCCAAUUCGGAGGUGGCGGCUUUGGACCCGGUUACGGCAACUACUAUGGCUAA